AUGGCUGCUACAUCAUCUGCUCCUCAUCAAAUGCAAGUUCGUGUUACUUUUUACACGAGCCAUAAUCCUCAAUCUGUUUUGAUGAUUCUUAAAAACGAUCAGGCCCUUGAACAGAUAACAGAGAAGGCGAGAGAACUCUUCAAUUCUGCCGAUUAUCGCCUUUUCUACGGUGACGUCAAUGGCCCAAUCUACGAAUUCACUGACUCUGAGCAGGUGAUGUCUAAGAUUCGAAUCACCACGUUCUCCCGUACUCCUCAACUCUUCGUUCGUCUUGAAUCUGGAUCUACUUGCUCUUCUUCGAACAAGAAAUCUUCCAAAGGAGAUCGUGAAUCAAAGAGCAGCGCUGCUCUCAAGCGUAUUGAGCAGAACCAAGAGCUCACUUUGAAGAAUAUUGAGAAGCUUCAGAAUGAGAUUGAACGUGUCAGUGUCUUGCAAACACUUGCAGAUCUCAAUUCAAUGGAACCAAAGAGGGCUCCAGUUGCUGCUGAGAAAGUGAACAGACCAUUCCCACCAGUCAAGCACUCCGCAUCAUGCGAUGCUUGUCUCGGAGAUAUUGUGGGACAUCGUUACAAAUGUCUCGAGUGUGCCGAUUAUGACUUGUGUGAGAAAUGUGAGAAGAACUCGGUUCACUUUGAGCACGCAAUGGUCCGUAUCGUCCAUCCAAAUAAGACUAAAAUCCCAGCAUAUGUCACCAAUAACUCUCCAAACAAUGUAUUCCCAAGUUACAUGCAAAGACCUUGUCUUCCGUUCCUCUCGGGAGCAGAACUGAGAGCUGUUGAUUCAAAUGUCUGGAAGGGAGCAUCAAGAACUACUCGUUCUACUGAAACUUCAGUCUCUCCACCUGUCGUUCCUACUCCAGUCCAAGCACCAACUUUCACUCCAGCGGCUGCUCCAGUAACUGGUCCAGAAGCUAGGUUCUUCAAUGAUGAAACAUGUGCUGCAUUGAUCAAUAGUGCUUCUAUUCUCAAGGACACCUUCAGCACUUUGAGCAAAAGUUUCAUGGAUUUGGCUGAUGGAGCACAGGCUAAUAUGGAGAAGAAAAUCAUUGAGAGAUCUACUAUGGAGGCUGGAGUAAAGAAGGUUGAGGAGAAAGUGGAUAACUUGAAGAGGCAUUGUGAGGAGAAAUGCUUUGGAUCGAAUUCUCAAGAUGCCGAGAAGAGUGAGGAUUCUUCCAAGAAAUCUUCUGAAUCUUCGUCCGGACCAAAAAUCAAGAAGGCUAAGAAGAAGACGGUUUACAAGAGAACAUCUGAGAAACUUGUUGCAAGUACUCUUGCUGCCGCAGCUGAAGAACAAUUGAAAUCAAGAGAAGAGGCCAAGAAAAGAGCUGAAGCAAGCACUGCUGAAUUGCAAAGAAAACUUGCCGAACUCAACUUGAAGCCGAUUCCAAAAGACGAUCUGGUGACUACACCUAUCCCUUUCCCACCCAGUCCAGCAACCAGCAACUCUCUUGAAGCACUCAUGAGAGCCAUUCUCAGCACCUCACAAACCCGUGUUGCUGAACCUGUUGUUACGCCAACUGCUCCAAAUCAGCCCAUACCAUCUGCACCGGCUCCAAUCUCUUUUACUCCAGUUGUCCCUGCUCCAAUUGUCAUCGAACCAGUCGUUCCAACUGCUCCAAUUGUUGAGACUCUCAUCGUUCCACCACUUCCAACUGCAGUUCCAAUGCCAGGAGAAGCUGUUCAUCAACCAACUUCUCCAAUCUCAAUUCAUUCGUCAUUUGAGAACAUUUCUUCUGAUUUCGAAAGCCUCAGCCCAUCUUGGCAAUAUCAAGAGAUGGAACUUCCACAGCAUCAGGAAAAUGUAGAAGACGACCUUCUCGAGUUCUCCGAUGUUGUUGAGACUCCAGAAGAAAAUAUCCCAGAGCCAUCACAGCCAUCGUCUGUUUCAGUGUACGAUUCGGAAACUGAAAAGACAUUCGACCGUCUCCUCGAAAUGGGAUUUGACUACAAUGUAGUUGUCAACGCCGUCAAAACAAAUGGAUCGGACCUUCAGAAAUGUCUUAUCGACCUUCUCCAAUGA